UUUGUAAUUAUUAACGUGUUAUUUCCAUGAUUAUCUAUACAGCUUAGUCGGUAAAUUACUAACCUCUGAAAAACUGUUAGAUAUAGUUUAACAAAUCUAUAAAUAUGCGUAUUAAAAUUACGUUUUACUUAACACAUUCGGAUAUUCACCCAAUGCGCUUGCCCGUAAGAGGAAGUUAUUUGCUGUCAAAAUAAAAGGGUUUGCAAAUGACAUUGGUUAUUGGUCUAGCUUGGUCUUAGCUUACUUUAUUAUUAUUAUUUAGUUGUUAAUGUAAAUUGGAUAUUUGUGCACUUUGCAGUAAGUACUCUCAUCGUUUUAUAUCUGUUAAAACAGACCUCAAUAGGCCAGCGUCGUAAACUGAAAUAAAGUGAAACUGGAAACAUGAAUACAAACAUGGUAUUCCUGCCUAUCUAGAUAUAUAUUGUAAUGAUAACAACCGAUAGGUAAUGCGUUUUUCGUUUUACAAUGCUCGAUCAUCUCUUUUCGUCAUGGAUGUGGUUUGGAUCAAACCGUCCAGGUUAUUGUAGUGGAACAUUAUUAAUAUUCAUAUUAAUUUUGUUGACUUGGCUCUGUGGUAUUCACGCCAGCCUAAGUUUAGGACCAGGCGGGGAUUUCCCUGGAUUUUAUGAUUUCAUCUUCUAUGCCUUCAGUAAUGAGGAGUUGACUUCAUUUCUCCACAACAUCACACUGCUCCUGUGGCUCGGGCCCUGUCAGGAGAGAAGAUGGGGCACUGUUGUUUUCCUUGCCCUCUCCUUUAUCUCCACUGUGCUCCUUCCUCCUAUUUAUGCCCUCUUUCUCUUUGUUACCGGGGAUGAAGCCAGCAGGGUCAGCGGUUACUCAGCCACGCACCUUGCUCUGCUCACAGCUCAGUGUCGGCAGGUGAAGCAGAGGAGAGUUUUGCGCUUUGUUCCUGUCUGGUCCUUGCCGUGGCUCCUCUUGAUCCUCGACCUCUUCCUGCUUCCCAGUGCCCCUGGCCUGCUGCACUUCUAUGCCAUUUGCCUGGGACUCAACUACAAUAAUGAGUUUAUUGAAAUACUGGAGCAGAUAGAGAAACUGGGUGCUUGUGCCUGCUUGCCAAAAUGGGCUUACAUCCCCAUUACCUCUCAUCCACACCUGCCUGUUUACCACAACACCUCAAUAAGACCAGAGCCAUCAGCUAGCAGAUCGCAGUUGGAAGAUCAUUCGGCGUGGCAGCAUUCUGUGUCUGAGUGGCAUCAGGAGCCUUUGAUGAGAACUGAUUCCCAGCUGUUAGAGGAGGAGAUGCUCAGAGCAGGGAUACUAGCUUCACUCCACGACGCACCCGACGGUGCUGCGGACAAAGUGGAAUUACCCAAGUCCUCAGUGUCCUCUAUACGGUUGCAGCAGCUAGAGAAGAUGGGCUUCCCCACAGAGAAAGCUGUUGUGGCUCUGGCAGCUACUGGGCAGCUGGACGGAGCAAUCUCUCUGCUUAUUGAUGAUCAGAUUGGGGAGGAGGCUGUGGUCAUCUCAAAAGGAAAGAAGUCAUCACUGGCAUCAUAGCUCAGGGAUACCGCUUCAAAUUGAAGCUGUACUAUAGGAUUGCCCUAGUAUCGUUCCAUUACUUAAGCAACAGUUCAACCAAAAAAUGAAAAUCUGCUGAAAAUUCACUCGCUCUCAGGCUAUCCAAAGUUAAGAUUCUCAUUCCGACGGCACCCAUUCAGUGCAUUACUGAGCUGGUGACAUAACGCUACAUUUUCCCCAGCCUGUUCUGAAGAAAUAAUUCAUAUUAGAUAUCUUAAGGGUGAGUACACUUUAAGCAAAUGUACAUUUUUUGGCGAACUAUUACCUUAAGCAAUGGCGAACUGUUACUGCGUGUUUACUACUUCACGACUUGUGGAUGUGCAUCAAACAAUCCAGUGGAUUAUGGGUGGGGUGGAAAAUUAAUAUAUUUAUAUUAUGGUGUUGGCAGCUUUUAUGAUGAAGGUUUAAAGAAUUGAAAAAACGCUCCGAACAGCAACCAAACUGUC